AUGGAUGCACUUAAAGGCGAGGUGAACAGCCUGCUGUCACAGAGAGGGAUGAGACGUGCCUUUGAGUGUGGCCAUUUGGAACAGAAACUGUUUGGCAGCCACGAACCUUCAUCUGUUCAGCUCUGGGUCUCCUACAACCGCCAGCCAAUGAAAGCUGCCCAGUUCAUGACCCGACAUCCAAUCACAGAGUACUACAUAGCCGAUGCAUCUGAGGACCAAGUGUUUGUGUGUGUCAACCACCUGAACAACGUCACACACCUCUACAUCUCAGACACACAGGGCCUGUCCUUCUCUCUGUCACUGGAGAAUGUUCUAUACUUCAGUCCUGAGGGCUCCGGCAGCAACACACUGAUCAGGUACUUUGCCAAUGAGCCUUUUGCAGACCUGCACCGCGUGGAGGGGCUGCGCGGAGUCUUCAUCGCCACACUCAUCAACGGCUCGGUCAGCGAGGACAACAUGCGAUCAGUCAUCACCUUCGACAAGGGGGGGACAUGGGAGCUGCUUCAGCCGCCUGCUGCCGACAGCCUGGGAGGAACCGUGGACUGCCAGCUCAGUAAAGGUUGCUCACUCCACCUGGCCCAGCGCUGGAGCCAGCUGUUCAACAUCCAGCUGAGGAGGAUGCCCAUUUUAUCCAAGGACUCUGCACCAGGACUCAUCAUGGCCACAGGAUCUGUAGGCAGGAACUUGGCCAACAAGCCUAAUGUGUAUGUAUCCAGCAGCGCUGGAGCCCGGUGGAAAGAGGCACUGGCAGGCCCUCAUUUCUACACAUGGGGUGACCACGGUGGCAUCCUGAUGGCCAUCGCACAAGGAGGCCCCACGACACUUCUCAAGUUCAGCACCAAUGAAGGCGAGACUUGGACCGACUUUAAGUUCUCAGACAGGGAUGUAUAUGUCUACCAGCUGCUGACCGAGCCCGGGGAGAAGAGUACCAUCUUCACCGUCUUCGGCUCCUAUGCCGACCAGAGACACAGCUGGCUCAUCCUGCAGGUCAACACCUCCGACGUUCUGGGUGUGCCGUGCUCUGAGGCCGACUACAAGCACUGGUCACCGUCAGACGAGCACGGCAACGAGUGUCUGCUGGGCAGGGAGAUAACGUUCAAGAGACGAGCUCCCCACGCCACGUGUUUUAACGGAGAGGACUUCGACCGACCCGUCACCAUCUCUAACUGCUCCUGCACACGCCAGGACUACGAAUGUGAUUACGGCUUCAAGCUGAGCGAAGACCUGUCUCUUCAGGUGUGUGUGCCUGACCCCGAGUUCUCAGGUAACCUCUACGCUCCUCCAGUGCCGUGUCCUGUCGGUACCACCUACCGCCGCAGCAAAGGCUACAGGAAGGUACCAGGAGACAGCUGUAGUGGAGGAGACGUGGAGUCCAGACUGGAUGGAGAGAUGCUGCCUUGUCCUGUCGGAGAGAGUAACGAGUUCAUCCUGUACGCCGUGAGGAACUCCAUCCAUCGCUACGACCUGGCCACAGGCACAGACCAGGCCCUGCCUCUGGCCGGCCUCAGGGAGGCUGUGGCUCUGGACUUUGACUACGAAAGGAACUGCCUGUACUGGGCUGACAUUUCACUGGACACCAUACAGCGUCUGUGUCUGAACGGCAGUACAGGUCAGGAGGUUGUAGUGAGGAAAGAUCUGCAGAACGUGGAAGCUCUGACCUUCGACCCCAUCAGUAGACUGCUGUACUGGGUUGACGCCGGAGCUCAGAAGAUUGAGGUGUCUAACCCUGACGGCGACCUGCGUCAUACUCUGCUCAACUCUUCUAUACUGGAACAUCCCAGAGCUCUGGUUCUGCUGCCUGGAGAGAGUCUGAUGUUCUGGACUGACUGGGGAGACAGAGCGGCCGGCGUUUACCGGAGCUACAUGGACGGAACCAGUGUGUCCUGCAUCGUGUCUGAGGGUGUCCGCUGGCCCAACGGGAUCACAGCCGACGACCACUGGCUGUAUUGGACCGAAGCCUACAGCGACCGCAUCGAGAGGGCCGACUUCACUGGGGGCCAGAGGAGCGUUCUCAUGGAGGGGCUGCCCCACCCGUACGCCAUUGCGGUCUUCAAGAAUGACCUGUACUGGGACGACUGGUCCAGAAUGGGGAUUUUCAAAGCUCCAAAAGCUGGUUCCCAGAACAAUGAGCUGAUUGUUGGCAGACUGACCGGAGUUAUGGACCUUAAGAUUUUCUAUAAGGGGAAGAACAGAGGCCAUAAUGCCUGUGCCGACCAGCCCUGCAGCCUGCUGUGUCUUCCUCAGCCCGGCCACCGACACACCUGUGUCUGCCCAGACGGCGCUCCGACUGUAACCAUGCCCAACGGAGAGCUGCAGUGCCAGUGUCCCACCGGCUACCAGCUCCAAAACAACACCUGCGUCAAGACAGAGCACAGCUGUUUGGCUAACCAGUACCGCUGCUCUAACGGCCGCUGCAUCAGCAGCAUCUGGAAGUGUGACAGCGACAACGACUGUGGAGACAUGAGUGACGAACAGGAGUGCCCCACUACGACCUGUGACCCGUCCAACCAGUUUCGCUGCGUGGCCUCAGGUUCCUGCAUCCCCCUGGCCUUCAAAUGUGACCACGAAGACGACUGUGGAGACAACAGCGACGAGGAGCACUGUGAGUCCCACCAGUGUGGCCCAGGAGAGUUUACAUGUGCACGAGGUGUUUGUAUCCGGGAGGCAUGGCGCUGCGAUGGAGACAAUGACUGCAGAGACUGGUCGGAUGAGGCCAACUGCACAGUGGGCCACCAUACAUGCGAGGCCAGUAGCUUCCAGUGUCACACAGGUCACUGUAUACCACAGCGGUGGACGUGUGACGGUGAUGACGACUGCCAGGAUGACUCAGACGAAGACCCCCAAUAUUGUGAGAAAACUCUGUGUAAUGGCUUCGUCUGCUCCAACCGCACGUGCCUUCCAGCCUCUGCACACUGCAACGGCACCCAGGAGUGUUCAGAUGGCAGUGAUGAGCACAACUGUGACCCCCUGUGUACUCGCUACAUGGAGUUUGUAUGUAAGAAUCGAGCCCAGUGUCUGUUUCAGUCCCUGGUUUGUGACGGGAUCAAGCACUGUGAAGACGGUUCCGAUGAGGACGCAGAGUAUGCUGGAUGUGCCACGCCGUCUGAGUUUGGCAAAGUGUGCGACGCCUACACCUUCCAGUGUGCCAACGGAGUGUGUGUGAGCCUUGAGUGGAAGUGUGACGGCAUGGACGACUGUGGGGAUUACUCUGAUGAGGCCAACUGCGCUGCUCCCACUGAGGUCCCGGGCUGCUCCAGGUAUUUCCAGUACGAGUGUAGAAAUGGACGCUGUAUACCAACGUGGUGGAAGUGUGACGGAGAGAAUGACUGUGGGGAUUGGUCUGAUGAGGCCCAGUGUACAGGUGGUGUUACUCCUCACACUGUAGCCCCUGGUCCCUCGUCUUGUGCCCCCAACCGCUUCCACUGUGGAUCUGGAGCUUGUAUCAUCAACACCUGGGUGUGUGACGGCUACGCUGACUGUCCCGACGGCAGCGAUGAGCUGGGAUGCCCCACAGCAGCUAAUGGCUCUGUGACGCUGGCUCCAGUACCCACCCAGGCCCUUCCUCCCCUGCCCUCUCCUGGCCGCUGCAGUCGGGGUCAGUUCCUGUGUCGCCGACCCCCACUCUGCAUUCCGGACUGGCAGCGCUGCGAUGGCCAGCUCCACUGCCAGGACGGCUCUGAUGAAGCCCACUGCCCCACUCGUGGGCCUCUGUUCUGCAUUAACGGGACUCGCUGCUCUGACGGUGAGGCCUGUGUGCUGGACGGUGAAAGGUGUGAUGGCUUCCUGGACUGCUCCGACCACAGCGACGAGGACAACUGCACCCUGGACACAUUGGCCUAUAAAGUCCAGAACCUCCAGUGGACCCCAGACUUCCUGGGUGCCAUCACUCUGACCUGGUCUCGCCCCAAAAACCUUCCUCUGGACUCCUGCUACUUCCUUAUAUACUACAGGCUCGUGGGCACCCAGCAGUGGACCAUCAUGGACACUCACAGCAACAAGACCAGCUACAAACUGAAUGUGCUGAAACCAGACACCACGUACCAUGUCAAGGUGCUCACUCAGUGUCUCAGCAAGCUGCAUAAGAGCAAUGAGGUGAUCACAGUGAGGACGCCAGAGGGACUGCCCGACCCGCCCAGGAACCUGCAGCUGUCUUGUGAUAACGGUAAAGACGGGACAGUGGAAGUUUCCUGGACCCCUCCCGACAAAGGACACGGCCUCAUCCGAGAGUACAUUGUUGAGUACAGCGAGCGAGGAGGUCUUGAUUGGACGUCACAGAGGUGCACCACCACCAAGACUGAGGUGAAAGGGCUGCAGCCAGACACUCAGUACAGGUUCAGGGUGGCAGCGGUGACAAGCCGAGGCGUGGGCAACUGGACUGAGGUUAAAUCCAUUACCCCUAAGAAAGCUCUGCCUCCUCCCUCUGUGAUCGCUGACAGCAUUACCGCCGACUCCAUGAGCCUUUCAUUCAGCUUCAACUCCCAGUACGAGGUGAAACAGUACAUAGUGAUUCUGUCCUGGCAGUUUGACACUCAUGUCAAGGAGAACAAGAACUACACAGUCCGAGAGGGGAUCCUCAAAGCUACAAACAUGACAGCGGGGACAGUGUAUGAGGUGGCUGUGUGGGCUCACACCAGUAUAGGAGACAGUCCCACCGCCCUGUCCCAUCAUCAGACUGCCGGCACCCAGCCAGACCGGCCCCUCCUCAAAGCCCGGGCCCUCAACCAGACAGCUGUGGACUGCAGCUGGACCAUCAGCGGACCUCCUGCUCAGGUCCGAGCCGUCACUCCCUUCCUGGGUCCUCCCUCGGACUAUGCUGUGGUGAAAAUGAUUCCCAACGAGAGGCUGCCGCCCAGGAACCUCCAUCGCGUGCGAGCAGACAAGACACAGGCCAUGCUGAAGUGGCAGCCGCCCUACGACGCCCCGAACUCACCUCUGACGUAUGCGAUCCACGUGCGGGACGUGAUCCGUAAGGUGGAGCGGGACUACAAGCUGACAACUAAGAACAACACAGUGGAGUACCUGCUGAAAGACCUGGAGCCAGGCGGAAGAUACAGCGUCUCUGUCCGCCUGCGCAACAUGACCAAGGAGGCCAGCUUCACCCUCAGCACAGUUCCUCUUCCAGCUCCUGAAGCUGUGAAGAUUUUGACAGAAAAAGACCACGUGUUCCUCUUCUGGAAGAGCUUGGCUGUCAGAGAGAAGGGCUUCAAUGAGAGCAGGGGGUAUGAGGUGCAUGUGUAUGACAGUGUGACCAACCAGACGUCCUACCUGGGAAACACCACAGAGACCUAUUUCCGCAUCAGCAGCCUGCUGGUUGGACACAACUACACUUUCUCUGUGCAGGCCCGCUGCCUGCUCAACGGCCAGCUGUGUGGGGAACCUGCACUCCUGCUAUAUAACCAGCUGACAGCAGGGGCCAGCGAUGCCUCCCGUGCUGAGGGCCACUCAGGAGACAUGGCGGCGGUGGUGGUCCCUGUCCUCUUCCUGCUGCUGCUCGGAGUGUGCGGUGGCUUGGUGGUGCUCUACCUCCGACACCGCCGGCUGCAGAACAAUUUUACUGCCUUCGCAAACUCCCAUUAUAACUCCCGCCUGGGCUCUGCGAUCUUCUCCUCCGGGGAUGAACUGGGUGAUGAUGAUGAAGAUGCUCCCAUGAUCAGCGGCUUCUCAGACGACGUUCCCAUGGUUAUUGCGUAGCAAGACGUCCCUCUAUUACCUGUUUCUCUCUUCUCUUCUCCCCCUCUCUUCUUCUGCCCCCACUCCCCUUUUACUCCCCAUCACUCCCCCAUCAGUGGCGUGGUACGAUGGAGUGAAGAGGAAAACAGGCAGAAACUUCGCCGCCAUCCCAAAUCUGUCGAUGGGAAACAACCCAGAUGAGCAGGAAACAUGAAGAAAAAUGGAAAAGAGAGAAAGAGAUAUUUUUCAAAUAUACAAUGCACUUUUUUUGGAUGCGCAAUAACUUAUUUUUUAUAAUAUUAAAUAUAUAUAUAUGGGGUCAAAAAAGGACUGUGAGGAAGAGGUGGACACUGAAGCAAACUGUGAAGGAUUUGAGUUUGUCGAGCGUGCCAGGGAAAGAGAGACCCUGUUUGUAAUGCAAACUCACUAUCCAUAGGAGCGGUUCAUUGCUUAAAGCCAAAAAAGGCAUCCAGAGACUGGAAUAUAGAAUGCAGAAAUUACACAUUAAAAAAAAAAAAAAUACAAAUAUAUAGACAAAUGCUGUAUACAAUAUAUACAAAUAGAAAAUAUCGGAGCAGUAAUUGUUACAUAUUUUGGUGAUAGUACAGUGUGUACUAUAGCGGUACAUGUAACUGGUGGCCAGUGCGAGGCAGUUGGAAGAAUUAACUGUGUAUCAUGUUCCAUCAUUUAUAGAAUCUGAAAUGUUUGUCUAUUUGAAUGAUCAGCAGUUUAGAAACUGUUGAUUGUUAUAAACGCAUUAACAACGUUUUUUAAAACUCGCAGCGCAACCAAACAGCACAGUGAUUUGAUUUACCAGUGGCACCAUGCAGUGUUCUCAUAGAUACACCUUUAUUUUCCACCACCAGCACACUGUUGUAUGUCUGUAUGUAGUGGCAACACAUGUACCAUGAUAGGAGAAUAUUCCUGGCUGUGAGUGGGAGAGAAUCCCUCACAGCACUGUUAAGAUCAUCAGAACUAUUUGUAAAUAUUGGCUUUUAAUAUGUCCUUUCAUUGUAAUGCUGCACCAUAUCAUUUUGUAAAAUGUGUAUUUUUUCUUUUUUUCAACGUUCAGGGCCACAAAUUAUCGUCCCCAGCAUUUUGCCAUAGCUGUAGUCGUAGAGGAAGUGGGUUCUCAGGGAACUGUGUCGGAGUGGACACCAGCGCAGCACCACCAUCACCACCAUGGCUUAGGCAGCACUGUCCAUAUACUGUUGAAUAGGUAAAGAAACCUUUUGAAAGGGUACUGGAUCAGCUGUGUGUGGGAUGACUGGCAGAUGCAGAUUAUUGUCAGUAGUUGUGAUGAAGAGUCAGCCUCACCAUCUGGUUUAGAAAAAGAUUUAAAGGGUUAAUUCAAACAGUCACAAAAAAACAUGUCUGAACUGACUGUAGUAUCUAGUAAUGCAGAUAGUUUUGUUUAUAUUUUCUUAGGUUUUUACAUUAUUUGUGUGAUUUUAACUGCAGCAUGUCUUUGCAGAAACAGUGUGCUUGCUACUAUACAUUGAUUUUCACUGGAAUACUUUCUAAUGAAAACUAGUAGCUCUAUUGACACUGUGGUUUAUCUGUUUUAUCCAAAGUAAGCACCCGAUCACACCAGAAAGUGUCUCAAUUCAUUUACAUAUCCUCAAGAAAUAGGGGGCAGUUCAGUGGAAGUUUUUUAAUAUUAAUGUGGGGCUAGUUGGCAAGCUAUUUGCGGGCUGGCAAGCUAACCAGCGUUAUGCUAGCUAGCUGUUAACAUGCUAGCACUAGACAGCCUCAACAGGCAACCACGCUAGCUUGUUAUCCAGUUAGCAAAACAGGGUUAACAGGGACACUGUUUCUGGAAAGAGAAUUUAAAAUGGGAUCUUGUCAAGCUGUGGGAACCACAAAUGAAAUUUUUAAUCCAACUGCAUGGCUAGAAACUACGAUGCGACGAAACACGUGUUUUUGCCAUUUGGAUGCUUCCUUUAAGUACGGUGAGACCAAUCUUUAGUACCAGUUGAUAUCGUCUCUCUGUAUAGAAUCUUAAGUGUUGCACGUCUGUAAAUGUUUCAACACAAAAAUUGAUUUUUGGGAGUCAUCGUCUUUGUUCUGCUCCUGCCCCCCUCCCCCUCCUCACCUGAGUCUGUACUGUAGUCCAUUAACUGAUAUUUGUGUUUUGCCUCUCGGCUUGAGCCAUUUGAACUGAUGGUGUUCUGCUUUCUAUUGACCUUGUUCUUGUUUUGUUUGUAAAGAUGUCUUCAUGAAUGUAUUUUAUAUCUGUACUUUUUAUGGUACUGUCCCAGCUCAUUAUGCUACUAUCACCGCCUGUGAAGUUAAUGCACUCUCUGGUUUUUGCCCUCGCUACAGUGAAUUAGUAACCCAUCCCACUGUGGACAACAAACUUUUUUGUCGUUACUCUGUAGACUGGCUUCUGCAGACAAACCUUAGCUGUUUCAACACAAGCCCAAUUUACUAACCCCCGAGCAACAAAGCAUUUUUGUCAGAUAGAGCCCAGAUAUUUCCUGCAUCGCAUUACUUUCAUCAUCUCUUUAUUCCCCAGAUUGUUAAACGGUGUCUGUACUGACAUAUAAGGUUUCCUCGAAACUUAAGCUUGAUUGAACGCAGCUCCUCGCCCUGUUCAUGACAUACUUUGUUCUGUUUUCUUGGCCUUAAAAAACAGAUUUUCUGGCAUUUAUGCUGUUUUUUGUUGUUUUUUUUUUUUUUUUGCUCUGUUUUCUAAUGUUCUGUUUUGCCACAUAAUGCCUUAUUAGAACACAUUGGGUUUCUAUGUAAUGUACUGUUUGUAUGAUAGAACACAAGUGCACAUGCAUGCAUACACACAGUCACACCCGUACACGAGGCUAAGGAGGAUGAAGAGUUACUGCUAGGGCAUUUUGUCAGAUCACUGCUCCUUUCUGUGUCGGCUGCUGUGAGUCAGCCUCUCACUCUCUUUUUAGUCAGGUUUUACACAUGUACAAAGUAUAAUUAUUGGUUAUUAUGUGACCGUUUGCUCCCCACUUGUCUUAAUGUCGACUCUCGUCAGAUAGUUUGCUUUGAAAUGUCGUUGGGCACAGUUUGAUCAUGUUGGACUUGGCCAUGUUUGAAGAUGUUAAUGUCUUGCUUGCUUAUCUUGGAGGUUGCAAGUAUAAUGAGAUGUCUGGAGAAGCAGUGUGAGGUGUUUUAAAAACCACUUAUACUGAAAUAAACUUGCAGAAAAUCCAA